GUUUUACCUUUUCUAGUUCCCGCCAGUACGAUCAAAUUUGAACUUUCCCAUUAUCAGUCUGUAAUAUUUCAACGUCUUGAUUUUUAAAACCCUAGAGACGUCUCCAACCUCGAGUAUCCGAACUCUCUCCCUACUCUUUGUUUGGCACGAGUUUGUCGCUUGGCUCCAAAUCUCUUGGAUUCUCCGUCGCCAUAUCGGUGCGAUUCUCGGAGUUGAUCUCGCUCUCCUCUGUGCCGACAUUGAAUCCGACUUCCCGAGAAAAAUCACUCCUUUGGUUUUCGUUUGUUUCCGGUGUGGAUUUCGGCGGUGGGUAUAGUCAAUCCAUGGGUGCGUUGAAGAAUUCCACUGCCCAGCGUAGGGUUAGCCCUCGACUGCAGAACCUUCCCGACGAUCAACGGCCCUACUAUGGUCCCAGUCCGAAACGGACAUCCGAGUCCGCCCAAAACGACGCCGUUGCAAAGAAGAAACCCAAGGUUGAGAAACCCUCAGCACCGGCGCAAAAGUCUGCGUCCAAUGCCAAAUCGAGUAAGGAAAAAGAAAAAGUCGAAGCUCAAAAUGGAGAGAGCGAGACCAAGACUGGCCCGGAUGUGGAAGAUGGUGGUGCGGAUUUUUUUGCCCCUGAUGGACGUUUGACUGAUGAAAACGGUGUAAGCUUCACUGCACGCUUGAAAGAGACGCUCAGACUUUUUAAUUUGCAUUACCUUCACUUUAUUCAGGAAGAGGAGAAAAGAUGCAGUAAGCUGGAGAACGGAACUGCAUGUUGUGAUGAUCUUAAGGAACCUUCCAGGAGACCUGGGAAUGAUAGUGCAUGUGACGAUAAGAGGCAGUCCAAGAGACCCGAUCUGAAGGCAAUUUCUAAGAUGCUGAGCAACAAUGAAAUUUUAUACCCUGAACGAAAAAUUGGUCACGUCCCAGGUAUUGAGGUCGGGCAUCAAUUUUUCUCUCGGGCUGAAAUGGUGGCUGUAGGGUUUCAUGCACACUGGUUAAAUGGAAUCGAUUACAUAGGAGAAUCUAGAGGCAAGGAGAAAUACAAACGCUAUACCUUACCACUCGCAGUAUCAAUUGUGAUGUCCGGCCAAUAUGAAGAUGAUGUUGAUAACAAAGAAGAAGUUAUCUAUACUGGUCAAGGUGGACAUGAUUUACUUGGUGAUAAAAAGCAAAUUAAACAUCAAGUUUUGCUUCGAGGUAAUUUGGCUCUUAAGAAUAAUAUGGAGCAGUCAAUUCCUGUUAGAGUCAUCCGAGGACAUAAAUGUGUGAAUAGUUAUAGUAAGAAAGUUUAUACAUAUGAUGGACUAUACAAGGUUGUCGAUUAUUGGGCUGAUAAGGGUGCUGCUGGAUUUGAUGUGUUUAAGUACUGUUUAAAGCGAGAUGGAGGACAACCUAAAUUGCUCAGCAAACAGGUUCAUUUUAUUCGUGGCCGAGGGUCUAAAGUUCAGCCUGAAAUACCUGGGUUGGUGUGCAAGGACAUCUGUAAUGGUCAAGAAAAUAUUUGCAUUCCUGCUACCAAUGUCAUUGAUGUUCCUCCUAUGGCGCCUGAAGGCCUUACAUAUACUAAAUCUAUUAAAGUUGCAAAAGAUGUGAACAUUCCAUCGAGUGCUCCUGGGUGCAGUUGCAAAGGAAAUUGUACCAAUCCACUGACUUGCUCUUGUGCUAAACUCAAUGGCUCAGAUUUUCCUUACGUUGCUCGAGAUGGUGGAAGAUUAAUUGAACCGAAGGCUGUUGUGUUUGAGUGUGGUCCAAAUUGUGGCUGUGGACCUGCUUGUGUGAACCGUACAUCUCAGAGGGGAUUAAAUUAUCGACUUGAGGUAUAUCGGACAGCUGACAAAGGCUGGGCUGUUAGGUCUUGGGACUUUAUUCCCUCUGGGGCACCAGUAUGUGAAUACACUGGAGUUCUUAGGAAGAAUGAUGACCUAGACAGCGUAUCAGAGAAUGACUAUAUAUUUGAAAUUGAUUGCUGGCAUACAAUGAACGGGAUUGGGGGAAGAGAGAAGCGAUUGUGCGAUGUGUCUAUUCCAAAUGGUGAUGCUGAGAAAGGAUUUAGCAAGCUAUCAGAAAGUGAGCCUGAGUUUUGCAUAGAUGCUGGUUCCUAUGGUAACAUUGCUAGAUAUAUCAAUCACAGCUGCGAGCCUAACCUCUUUGUCCAGUGUGUUUUGAGCUCUCAUCAUGAUGUUAGGCUAGCUAGAGUCGUGCUAUUUGCUGCAGAUAACAUACCUCCGUUGCAGGAACUUACAUAUGACUAUGGUUAUGAACUCGACAGUGUGGUUGGUCCUGAUGGAAACAUAAAGAAGUUGCUUUGCUAUUGUGGUGUAGAUGGCUGUCGAAAGCGUUUGUACUAGGCCACAUGAUCUGUAUGUUCUUUGAUUUAUGCAGAAUCCAAUUUGAUGUGUCAAGUGUAUCUCAAUUGCAUUUGAAUUGCACCCAAUUUGAUUUCUGUGUUUUACAUUUAUAUUUUUUUUGGAGGGGCUCGGGUCUGGUGGAGAUUGCUGAAUGAAAAUGGUAGUGGGUACAUAUUGUAUAAUUAUUAACUUCGUUAUUGUUAUCAUAUUCUCA